GGACGGGGUUGAUACAGCAGAGUGGGAGUGAGGGCUGGGUAGAGGUAGAAAAGGCAGGAGGAUGGAAGGAUGUAAUGAAUGAGUGAUUUAGAUCACUUAAAGCAUCACUGUCUGUGGUAUUGGCAACAGUAGUUUUAAUCUGAUGUCAAAGUGUCACUUCACAGUUCAUGGCAAGGUUCACUCUGUGACUUACUACAUGGAUGACACGUACAAAGGCAGAUGGAGUCAGAAUCCAGCUAAAAUGAUCUGCACAGAGACUGGAGACUCGGUGAGAGAAUGGUGAGAGCGACCCUGCACUGAGUCAGUGGGGUCAGAGUGGACCCCUUUGCUUUCUACACUCCUCAUGGAGCGUAGUGCGGUGAAAAUUGUCAUCCGAGGGGACAGGAACACUGGGAAAACCACGCUCUGGCACCGACUGCAGGGAAAGAAAUUUAUUGAGGAAUAUAUUCCAACUCAGGAGAUCCAAGUCACCAGCAUCCACUGGAAUUACAAAACCACCGACGAUAUUGUUAAAGUUGAAGUCUGGGAUGUCGUCGACAAAGGAAAGUGCAAAAAGCGAGGUGAUGGUUUGAAACUGGAGAAUGACCCUCAGGAGGCAGAGUCCGAAAUGGCUCUGGAUGCAGAGUUCCUGGAUGUCUAUAAAAACUGCAAUGGUGUAGUGAUGAUGUUUGACAUCACCAAGCAGUGGACAUUCAACUAUAUUCUGAGGGAGCUUCCUAAAGUGCCGACCCACGUUCCAGUGUGUGUGCUUGGGAAUUACCGAGACAUGGGGGAGCACCGGGUCAUCCUGCCCGGCGACGUGCGGGACCUCAUCGACAACCUGCACAGGCCUCCUGGCUCCUCAUAUUUUCGCUAUGCUGAGUCUUCCAUGAAGAACAGCUUUGGCCUCAAGUACCUGCACAAGUUCUUCAACAUCCCCUUCUUGCAACUGCAGAGGGAGACGUUGCUGCGACAGCUGGAGACCAAUCAGCUGGAUAUCGAUGCGACGCUGGAGGAGCUGUCGGUGCAGCAAGAGACAGAAGAUCAGAACUACGAACUCUUCCUUGAAAUGAUGGAAGCCCGAAGUCAAGGACACACGUCACCACUAACAACCAACGGGCAAAGCCCUUCCUCUGGCUCCCAGUCACCCAUCGUACCUCCGAGCUCCACAUCGACAGGCAGCUCCAGCCCGGGCACCCCGCAGCCGCCGCAGCCACUUCCCGCAAGCUCCACCAUCUCUCCUGAGCCCCCCCCAUCCUUUUCACCAGUGCCUGCACCUGAGGCCCUGCAGCCACACGCGCCUCCCGCAGCCCCCCCAGCACCUCCGGCUGCAGCCCCGCCACCCAAGCGCAGCAUCAUUUCCCGUCUGUUUGGGACGUCUCCUGCACCAGACCCCUCUCCUCCCCAGCCAGACCCUGCUGCUGCCGCUCCUCCUCCCCACCCUGAAGCCCCUGCAAAGGUACAGAGCGUGGAGGACUUUGUACCUGAUGACAGCCUGGACCACAGCUUUCUAGAAGAUCCAGCCCCACAGAAGGACAGAGGGAAACCACAGGCUAAACACCGUGUGGAUAGUGAAAGCGAUGGAGAGGCACCCGGGGGGAACCCCAUGGUGGCACGUUUCCAAGAUGACCUGGAUCUGGAUGACAAAAUCCCCAGCAGACCCAUGCUGGCAGCAGAACGGGUGCCCAGCAAGAACGUCACCCUCUCCAGUGAGGAAGAGGAAGAAGAGGUGAAGGACUCUAAGGUCAUACCCACACCUAAUGAAGACAUCGACAUGGAGCAGGGAAAAAAAAGGUCUUCCAGAAAUUCUCUGAAACCACAGAGUGAAGCCGUUUUGACCAAAGCAAUGGACCCGAAGCCACCUGACGCUUUACCUCCACGUUCUGGGUCCGAAAAAAACAGCAGCAGCAAAGUCAACACCAGCUUGUCAGCUGCUGCUGCUGCAACCCCAGCAGCAGUCCAGGCCCCAAAGACCACUUCCCACAGCAAAGGACAUGCUCUCAAGCAGAAAGUGGUCAAAGAGGAAAAGCCUGAGGAGUCUGACAGUGAUCAAGAGGGACCAAUAGCUACUCAGAUGCUCUCGUUUGUUAUGGAUGACCCGGACUUCGAAAGUGAGGAUUCUGACAGCCAGAAGAAGAAAAUGGAUGAAUUCCCAGUCCGGGAAGAUCUCUCUGAACUAUCGGAUGACGAUACCUCCUUGGCAAAGCCAGCCCAGGCUGUGAAAGCCCAGCAGGCUGUGAAAGCAACAGUCCACUCCUUUAAACUGAAAAAUGACUCGGAUCUCUUUGGUUUGGGUUUGGAAGAAGCUGGUCCCAAGGAGAGCAGUGAGGAAGAUAAACAAAAGGAGAAAAAGAAGAAGAAAAAGAAAAGCAAAGAGGUACUGUUAAAUUCCUCAGAGCUGAUCUGCCAUAUUGUCUACUGCUCAAGGAAGGGGGUGGCCUUCCACAGUGCACUCUGCGCCUGGUGGAUUUCCUUCCAUUCUCACAUCCUACAGCCAGACCUGUGCCUCCCAGGCUCUGCAGAGCAUUAAGCUUAAAAGCAACCUGUUCUAAACAGCUGCAUUUCGAGCAGGCAGUGUGUGACUUUGUAAAAUACAGGGUUAACAGAGCCAUGCGUCUCUGCCGGGCUGAGACCACUGAGAGCACCAUGACUUUCUCCAAGCAGAGGGGUGUCCCUGACAGACCUAAUCUCAGAGGCAGCGAGGGAAGUCUGCAGGAGGCUUUGUCUUUGACAUUUCUGCCUGUCCAAUACUGUGGUAUCAUCGGGCACAAACAGCCUGACAGACCACUGCUAUGUAUAAACCAGAUGGUCUUUGCUCUCUUCUGUCCAAGCUCGCAGAAGGGUCUUCUGGAAUAAACUCCAAGCUAGCCCUGGUAGUAGAUGCUUCGCCCUAAGUCAGGUUCCCAUCAGAGCCAAGUUCCAGGGUGAUAUAUGCUGAUUACUGGCAUGCUCAGAGGAUUUGCUAAUGAAAAUGUUCUCAUUUUGCAGGAGGAAGAGAAAUCUGCAAAAAAGAAGAGCAAACACAAGAAAAGCAAAGAGAAGGAGGAGAGCAAAGAGGAGAAGAAGAAAAAGAAAAAGAAGAGCAAGGAGAAAAGCAGCGAGAUAGAUGAACUUGAGGCUUUCCUGGGAGGAGGAGGAGCCAGCAUGAGCAAGCCCGGAGGAGGUGGGGACUAUGAGGAGCUGUAGGUGGCUGCUGUGCGGCAGACUCCCAGUCAUGCUGUCUCCAUCUUUCCAUAGGAGUCACACCAGGACGGGUGCAGAUCUGUGAAGCUUUGGCUGUUUGCCCAAUAUUCUCUGAAACCAGAGUUGGCAAAACAAAAGCUUCACAUCUGCGGGUGCUGUUCUGGUGUGUUCCUUAUACAAAGAAAAUCCAGCUGAGAUGUACUUGAGUAAGGGGAUGGUUCAGGGCACAGCUCCCAGGCCCGCUUCCAGGCUGCUGUUUUUCUCCUUCCAGAGAUGCCCUGUGGGAAGCUGGCAGGGUGUGGGAGGAGAAGGGGACCUGCUGCCUGCUCUGCCCCAGCUAUAUUGCACUCCUGCACACCUGAAAUUCCUGUCUUGUUAAGAGGAGUGCAACAAAACAUGCCGCAUGAAUGCAUCGCGCUCGCCUGUCUCAAGUCUUUGACUUUCUAUCCUUCCUAUUUUUUUAAUGAGAAAGAUGGUGUUGGCCAUUGCUCCACCCAGCAGUUGCUGAGCUUUAAAUGAAGCAGAUCAUGCUAUGGUAGAGCUCUUAACACAGCAGCCACAGGGCCAGAGCGAGAAAGAGUGCAUGUGAUUUUUGGAGUCCUUUGAACGGGACCUUUCUGCACAGCAGCUUAAUCAGCACUCACUGGUGCUGCUGUUGGGAUUCAUGAAGCCCUUUGAUUUCCGUGGCCCCAGUGUCUCAGACACUACACGUAAGCUGCUAUGCAGUUUGGGAAAACAAUGCAAAGUGCAAAGCUAACCUGAAAAAGAGAGAGAAGAAUCAGUGCUUUUCUGCAUUUCCCACCCUUGGAUUUGCAUACAAUAGAAUCCCCUCCCUUCAGUACCUCUCAGGGACAUGACUCUCAUGUGGAAAUGAAGAUAUCCAGAGCUUCAGAACUGUCUCCAGGGAAGUAUUAGCAUGGCAAGGCAUUUGCUUCUCAGGCAUUUUACAGUGUCGCUGUAAAACACUGGCUGCCUCUAUGCUGCAGGACAAGCACUGCAGCUCAGCCAGUGUCCGUCCUGGGCCAGCGCCUGUCCAUCCCACAGCCACGUGCCCUGGGCCCAGCCUCCAGCCACCAACGUGCUGCCUUCCCCUGCAAGUGGAGAGCCUCCUCCGAGCCCCUGCCUGUGGGAAGCCGUAGUUUCUGCUUUGAACCCAAACCCGUGGACUGGUACUUGCUCAGCAGCCGCGGUUGCCGUUGGAUGGGCUCUGCAGGCCAGCCCUUCGCACUCGCCUGUGUCCCAGUGAGCUGCCCCUGUCUUGAUGGAGCUUGUGAUUUCUCUGCACCCCUUCUGCUCUGGUUCCGGUGUCCCUUUCACAGCUCAGGCGGUGAAGCUCCGUCCAGGUUCUGUGCAUUCCAUGACCCUGUUGCUUGCAGGUUGAUUUGAGGUUUGGUUUUGUUCUCCCCACCACCACCUUUUUGUUGUAAAGUGUCAACCAUGAAAUUCAAACUGGGUUUUCUUUCUACAUCCCUGUAAAGCAAGGUGUUCUUUAGACCCAUGAUCCAUUCCAGAGUUGUCUUGACCAGCAGGCAGUUCCCUGUUCCAUUAUUCUUUUUCCUUCCCCCAGCCUCCAAAAUGCACUUGUAACUGUUUCUCUAUAAAACAAACUGGUUUUUUUGCUGCAUGAGCAGUGUAUCAUUCAGGUCUGUUUGCCAUCAGCAUUUGCCUACUUCUCUGAGCACUACAUUUCACAUGACACUGUAGGGAAAUUGCAUGGGACAGUUCAAAUUUUGCACGUCUGGGGAGAUAAAAGGGGAUUGGGAUGUGGCUGGAUUGCAAAAGGUCAGGCAGGAGCUGGAGCCUCAGCUGGCUGCAUUCCUGAAAGCGCUUCUGUUCUGUGAAGGUUUUGGGUCAUGUUCCAUUUUGCAUCGAAAAAGCCUGGUACAGUCCAUCCUGACUAUAAAGCUCUGUUGUACAA